UGGACCCUGAAACGAUCAUUACAUGGAAUUACAAUACUUUAAAAGCAAGAAACUCAAACGAAAUGUCAGAUCCAGUCAAUCAAGCAUUGGUAGACCUGAUCAAGGAUUGUAUAUGGUUUCAUGAAGCCUUAAACAACACUAGGUAAUACGAUUUACAUUUUACACCUUACCAUGUUUCUUAUAUUUUGUAUAUAAGCCCUAUGGAUACGCUCUUUCAUCUUGUUAGGAAAGAAAGCGGACAAAUGACAUGGUUGCUCUGUUUCAUUGGAGAGAAGUUACCUCAACUCAUUUUACCCCGCAUGCAUCACUACUUGAUACUUGGUCUCGCUACCCACACCAAUCCCUUUCUAAACGCAACUGACACGAUCCGUGAUGAACAAUCGAGUAUUAUCCAUAUGGGCGACAAAGUGUUCACACAUUUAUUGAGUUCGCAUAAAUCUUUGGUGAUUGAUUCAUUGCUCUCCCUCGUCGAGGAUUAUUUCCGUUGGAUUGAUGAGGAACAAUCCUUUGUGACUGAGGUACAACAGUAUAUGCUUGGAUAUUUACUCUCUCUGCCCAAAAUAUCACCUUCUUUAUUCAACGAAUCGUGGUCCUCCUUGUUUCAAAGGUUGUAUAAGGGGAAUGCUGCAGGCAGCAUGUUUUUGUAUGAGAAAAAGAAUGAGAGCUCUGUAGUGAAACAUGGGGAUGGUACAGUAGAGUCGAUUGCUAGCGUAUUUCCAUUUUGGCUGACAUCCAUUGCAUUCGAUUCAAACGGGCUAGUGAUGAAGCAUGCCAUGGAUGUAGCCAUCAUGUUGGAUACUUUGGGACACGACGAACGUUUAGGACUGGAAUAUCUGAUUCCUACGGGAGACAAGUCAAUUUUGGAUACAUUACGACCGUCCUUAGAGAAACUGGAUUUAAAACCAACCUCGAUUGAUUUAAUAGACUGGGCUAUUUCUUCAAUGAAAAUAGGACGAGGUGUGAACGACUUGAAAAUCCCUUUAUUCUUAUUACAAUUGGUUGUGUUGAAAAAUGGUGUGCCUGAAAAACAGGUGGUCGAUAUGUUUGUUCAAUUCAUCAUUCGUUUGGAUAGGCCUCAAGAAGACGAUGAAACCUGCAAUGAAGGUGCUCGUUAUCUUAUUCUCAAUCUUGUCUCCUCCACACAACGCCAAUGGCCCACCAUCUUUCAAUCCGUCCUCGAGAAUAUCUUUUCGAGAGCGAUUGCCAUGCAUAUUGCUGAUAGUGAAGGCUCUGUCAAUGUCGAGAAAAUCCUCAGCAAUUUGGCCAUGUUGUUUCAACCGGAUUCUUCCCAAAGACCAGGUUUUGAUGCCUUCAAAACCUAUCUCUCCAGCCAUUGGCGUCAAGUCUUGCUCUUGUUUUUAAAUCAUCCUUCUAUGGAAUGUCGUGCUGUUGGAUAUCGAGUCUUAACCAACUCGAGAUUUUGGGAGAACACAAACAAGGUAGAGGGGUGUGAUGCACAGACCAUUUCCAAGUUGCUAGUGGAUGCCUGGUUUAGACAUAUUAAAGGAAGGUACGUACGUUAUGGUCAGCAGGAGGAAAUAUCCGCCAUCAAUGAACAACAACGCUUGAUCGCGCAUUGCUGUCAACACACGGAACUUGCCAAAGCCAUGCUUUCGUUUGCGAUGGAUGGUAUCCUGGGCGGUGCACUCGAGAUCUUCCCGACUAUUGAUGUGAAUGCGUUACAGCAAGAAAAAAAGAGCCUGUAUGAUAAAGUCGUACGAGAAGAGUACCAACCUCCUUUAUUCAAAAAACCACCACAGUUUGUAACCACGCUUGAUUUUCAACAAGAAGAAGGAGGGGGUCUGAUUGAUGUGCGUGAUGUGAUUUAUGUAGACAAUAUUGAAAGAACCGCGGCCCUUUUCUUUCAGUUUGGCGAGUUGCCCACGUUAUCCGCUGAGCAAUAUCUCGAGAUCAAUCGUCAUAUCUUGCAUCGUCUGUCUUCCAUCUGGGGACCUAAUCCCGUGUCCUUGGAUACCUAUGAUGAUGUCUUGCCUAGAAAUAUACCGUAUGCAAGUGACAUUGCUAUUGGAAACGCUUUCAAGGAUCAUCCCGUCUUGUUCAUCAUUUUUGAGAAAUAUACCUAUGAUCAAACCACAGCAACCAAGGAUUAUCCAGUCACCAAUGAUAUCAUUCGAAGUAUCCUUGUGUAUUUUAUUGUCUUUUGGAACAUGAAGGAGGUUGUGAGUGUGCCUACUACCUUAAAAUUUGCUACCCAGUUGGAAGAAACCACACGACUCUUGUUUUUAUUGAAGCCGGUACUACCGGAAUUUUUGGUGAAUGCAUAUCAUGUAUUACCCUUCAUGUCAGCCAAGGAAGUAGGAGAUAUUUUAUACCAAGUGAUUUGGUACUACUUGCGAUGGUCCAGUAGCAAUGCCAACCAUAUUCCGGGUAUUCAUAAGAAGUUAACAACAGAGACGAACCAUGAUGAAUUGAAAGAAAAAUGUUUAAAGCGACUUUUGGGUAUUUGUGAAGGUCGAUUGAAGGUACUUGAUCAUUCUCCUUUGUGGCAUGCUUCAUUAUCCUCUAUCAUGUCCCAAUUCUUUCACUUAUAAAAAAUAAAUAAAAAUCAAUCGUGACUGUUCAGAUGGACCUGACAGGUCCCAAAAAAAAAAAGUUUUUUUUUUAGUGUUUUUGUAAACAAACUUGAUUGUUUUUAAUACUUCUAGGUAAAACGAAGCGUAAGAUAGCAUGAAUAAGGACAAAAAG